AUGGGGCAAUCUGUCCAACAAGUCGUGCCAUUACCGGUUUACACUGAUGCACGUCCAGUCAUCCAUACUGUGGUUCCACCAGUUGCCUAUGCUAGGCAUAUUCCUCAAUAUGAAGAUCAACAUCACAUGUAUCAGACUGUCAACUCAACCGUUCCUGGUGACGAAGUAAGGUUUGAGGAUUUCAGAGAAGUAAAGGAGAACAUGCAGCUCCUUGAGAAGAAAUUCCGAGAUUUAGAAGGAGACCACGUCUUUGGCUCUGCUGCCAAAGAAAUGUGCCUUGUAUCCAGGGAGUUGGCUUCUCAAGUUGAACCACCUCUAGCUGAAAAGGAAUUGGCCGAACUAUUUAUCGACACUGUCCAACCUCAAUUCUAUGGGAAGAUGGUUGGAAGUGCUUCCCUGGGAUUCUCCAAGCUUGUAAGUAUAGGAGCUCGCGUUGAAUAUUGUGUAAGAAAUGGCAAACUGGCCACUGUAGCUGGAACUUCAAAUGCUAAUCAAAAGAAGUUCUCUGGAGGGUUUCCCAGAAAGAAGGAAGGGGAAAACAAAUGUUGUGAUUGUUGGUCAAGGAAGAGCUCCUCCAAGAAGGAGACCAUAACAAUAUUCACCUCAGCAUCUGCUCAAGCUUAUCAAGCGUCUCCAGUUUAUCGACCAGCUCCAGUUCAACAACGUGUUACGGCUCCUCCAGCUUAUCAACAAGCACCAGUAGCUCCUAUUUAUCAACAACUGAGAGCUCAAGUGCCAAGGCAAAAUGCUCAAAACCAGAAUAGGAGGAAAGGGGAUAUGGCGACCUUCAAUCCAAUCCCAAUGUCGUACACUGAGCUUUAUCCCUCCUUAUUGCAAAAGGGUUUAGUGGUUCCCAGACCUAUGGGAUCUCCACCUGAUCGCCUUCCUCCAUGCUACAACCCUAAUGCACACUGUCCUUUUCACGAAGGUGCCCCUGGGCAUGACCUAGAGGGUUGUUAUACUCUGAAGCAUAGGAUUCAUGAACUAAUUGAAAGCAAGAUCCUGUCUUUUAAGGACAUGGGACCCAAUGUGAAGAACAAUCCUCGUCCUCCCCGUGGAGAUCCUGCAGUAAACGCCAUUGAAGAUGCCUCUAUUGGUGUUACGGUUGAUAAGGUGGAUGAUGUUAAGACUCCUCUGGCAGCAUUCCAUGCCCGAUUGGUGGAAGCUGGCCUGGUUAAUGUGAAUCAUGAAAAUUUUGAAGAGUGUGCCAUAUACCCAAAGGGGUGUCAGGUGGUACGAGACAACAUUCAAGAUUUGAUGGAUAAAGGAGUGCUUCAGAUAUCUAGUGCUGCAAAGUACGAAGACGUGUUGGUAAUUGAACCUUGUUUCAAUUUACCUGAACCAGUUGAAAUCCCAUAUUACAAUGGUGGAGUGGUUCUAGUGAAUAGUAAGCCAUCGCCUGUUGAAAUAUGUAUGCCCACGUAUUUUCCAUACGAGAGCACCAAGGUUGUAAGCCAUCGCUGUGGAUAA